GACCUUCCUCCUUCCCGCAGCCCCGGCGAGAUCUGGAGAGACGCGGUGGCUGCGGCUGCAGCGCAGCCUCUCUUCCCCUGGGAAGUCGUCCGGGCUUGAGGCUGGGCCCCAGACGCCCCGCUUUGCCCUGUAGCGCCGCCGAUGUUGCCGGGCGCGCCUGCCCCCAGGAUCUCUCCUCUGCCUCCCAGCGCAUGAACAGCCCAGCCUGCUGACUGCCGCUCCACACCUGUCCAUCCCCCCACGGCCACACCAUGUCCGGCUCCUACGACGAGGCCUCGCUAGCUCCAGAGGAGACCACUGACAGCUUCUGGGAGGUGGGGAACUACAAGCGGACGGUGAAGCGCAUCGAUGACGGGCACCGCCUGUGCAACGACCUGAUGAACUGCGUGCAGGAGCGCGCCAAGAUCGAGAAGGCGUACUCGCAGCAGCUCACCGACUGGGCCAAGCGCUGGCGCCAGCUCAUCGAGAAAGGCCCACAGUAUGGCAGCCUGGAGCGGGCCUGGGGUGCCAUAAUGACGGAGGCGGACAAGGUGAGCGAACUGCAUCAGGAGGUGAAGAACAACCUGUUGAACGAGGACCUGGAGAAGGUCAAGAACUGGCAGAAGGAUGCCUAUCACAAGCAGAUCAUGGGCGGCUUCAAGGAGACCAAGGAGGCUGAAGACGGCUUCCGCAAGGCCCAGAAGCCCUGGGCCAAGAAGAUGAAGGAGCUAGAGGCAGCCAAGAAGGCCUACCAUCUGGCCUGCAAAGAGGAGAAGCUGGCUAUGACCCGGGAGAUGAAUAGCAAGACGGAGCAGUCGGUCACACCUGAGCAGCAAAAGAAGCUGCAGGACAAAGUGGACAAGUGCAAGCAGGAUGUUCAGAAGACACAGGAGAAGUAUGAGAAGGUGCUGGAAGAUGUGGGCAAGACCACUCCCCAGUACAUGGAGGGCAUGGAGCAGGUGUUUGAGCAGUGCCAGCAAUUUGAGGAAAAACGGCUGGUCUUUCUCAAGGAGGUGCUGCUGGACAUCAAACGUCACCUCAACCUCGCUGAGAAUAGCAGCUAUGUCCACGUGUACCGGGAGCUGGAGCAGGCCAUCCGCGGGGCCGACGCCCAGGAUGACCUCAGAUGGUUCCGCAGCACCAGCGGCCCUGGCAUGCCCAUGAAUUGGCCCCAGUUUGAGGAGUGGAACCCAGACCUCCCUCACACCACCACCAAGAAGGAGAAACAGCCCAAGAAGGCAGAGGGGGUAGCGCUGACCAAUGCCACGGGGGUGGUGGAGUCCACAUCCCAGGCUGGGGACCGUGGCAGUGUUAGCAGCUAUGACAGGGGCCAGCCUUAUGCCACCGAGUGGUCAGAUGAUGAGAGUGGGAAUCCAUUUGGGGGUAAUGAGGCCAACGGGGGCUCCAACCCCUUUGAUGAUGAUGCCAAGGGUGUGCGUGUUCGGGCACUCUAUGACUAUGACGGCCAGGAACAGGAUGAGCUCAGCUUCAAGGCUGGAGAUGAGCUCACCAAGCUGGGCGAGGAGGACGAGCAGGGUUGGUGCCGCGGGCGGCUGGACAGCGGGCAGCUGGGCCUCUAUCCCGCCAACUAUGUGGAGGCCAUCUAGCCGCCCC